AUGCAUCCAGCUACCAGCAAUUCUGAUUCAGAUUCCAGCUGGAAUGAAAUUUUAGGCUCGUCUCUUAGUUCUACCGAAUCACGCAAGCUAGAAGACGUUAACUUCCUCGUUAAACAAGUAGGAACGUACUACUCUCGGGAAGGAGAAUGUAUCCGGUCAAACUCAAGCAAUCACUUGACGCCUAAUUACACACAAAGCACACCAAACGGCUACUCCGCACCUCCGAGAGUAUUCAAUCAUGAGGAUAUUGAUCGUAUAUGUAAUUCAGUGUUCGACGAUAGUCAGCAAUCCAGUUCAUACUAUGGCUAUGAUAAUAAUCAUAUGCCAAGUUUAUUUAAUACGUAUCCAACAACAACGAAUCAACAAUAUCUGUACACAACGCAUAGCUCAACGUUCAAUUAUCCAGAACAACAAUAUUCGUACAUUGAAUACCAAAUCCCGCCAAAUACGUAUCACCAGCCGAUUGCUGACAAUAAUGUUGUAUUGACAACUGAACCUUAUCAACAACCAAUUCCAUCAAUUCAUUAUGGAAUAAACAACAACGACUCGAACUUGUACAAUGUCGAUCUUGGACUCAGUGAAGUUAUAUCUUGUAAUACCAAUAUGCAAACAGAAUCAGUACCAUAUGCAUAUGUAUCAGAAAAGCCGAUGUCAAAGUCCAACGACAUAAAAGGCUUCAAUCUUGAUGAAUGGCUGAUUGUAUCGGAGACAGGUGGAAAAAUGCGUCGACCUCAUCUACAUGAAUUUCUUCGAAUAUUACUUGAUAAUCCCAAAUAUUCGCAUGUCGCUCAAUAUACUGAUCGUAAAAAAGGAAUUUUUAAAUUUCUUGAACGACAUGAAGCUGCUAAACUCUGGCAAGACGUUAAAGGAAGAAACUGUGAUACUAAGAUGACUUACCAGAACUUAGCCCGAGGAAUUCGUUUCUACUAUCCAAAUGGAACUAUGAGUUCAGCUGGAGGUCGUUACACAUUUCGAUUUGGCUCGGGCUCGAGACACAAACGAUUGAAAGUACCAGCAAAUCACUGA